AUGAAUGAAACAACUGGAAUGGAUUCAUCUGAUGAAAUUGAUAUUCUAAUGGAGGAAUCCCCUCUAGAUGUAGGAGACGCUAUACAAGAAGACAAUAACUCUUCGUUACACAGUAUGGAUAAUGAAGAAAGGGAGAAAAGAUAUAAAAAUUUACUUAAACUUUUACAAAAUAGUAAUAAAUUAUCUAAUGCAUUUGACACCAAAUUGAAAAAUUGUAAACUUCAAAUUAUUAAAAAAGAACUAGAAAAAUCUAAUAAAGUUGAUGAAAAUGUACCCAUUAAAGUUGAAGUUGAUCCAAACACAGUUUCAAAUAAUCAACCAAUCGAAAAUGAAGAAUACGAAGAAUGUUAUUUAAAGUUAUUUAAACAACCAAUACUAUUUAAUGGAACACUUAAAAAUUACCAGAAAGAGGGUCUUUUAUGGAUAAGAACGUUGUUUGAAAAUGGUUUAAAUGGUAUCUUAGCUGAUGAUAUGGGGCUUGGUAAAACUAUUCAAGCUAUUGCUUUCUUGUGUUUCCUUUCGGAAAUGGGAAUAAGUGGACCAUUACUUGUAAUUGCUCCGCUGUCUACAAUUCCCAAUUGGUUAUCUGAAUUCUCUAAAUUUGCUCCUCAAUUGAAGACUUUGUUAUACCAUGGUAAAGAUACUCAACGCUCUGAUAUUAGAUCACAAUUUAAUACAAAUUAUAAAGUGGGAAAUUUAAACUGUACAUGUAUUGUGAUUACAACUUAUGAAAUUUUGCGUUCGGACAUACAAUUCUUAAAGAAAUAUCAUUGGAAGUAUAUUACAAUUGAUGAAGGUCAUAAGCUGAAAAACUCUCUAACCUUAACAAACAAAUGCCUACGAGAAUUUGAUUGUGCAAAUAAACUCAUACUUACUGGGACACCAAUUCAGAAUAAUAUGAAUGAACUAUGGACUUUAUUAAAUGUAUUGAUGCCACAAUUAUUUAAUGAUGUAAAAGAUUUUAGCUCAUGGUUUGUGAUAGAUGACUUUUAUGGUACAAAUGACAGGAUUAUUAAUAUAGCUACAAAAGAUGAAAUAUUGGAUAUCAUAGUAAAAAUACUAAAACCUUUUAUUUUGAGAAGGCAAAAAACAGAAACUGAUCUAAACCUACCACCAAAGAAAGAAAUUGUUAUUUAUGCUCCCAUCACAGAACUGCAACACAAAUUGUACAAGGCUACAUUGUCCAAGGAAAUGAAUACAUUGUUAAAUAAAGAACUGGAAACACAGAGUGAGCUUGAAGUAUUGCCUAAAAGAAAAUGUGUACAAUCUAUUGAAAGGUAUACUGAGACUAGGGCCAUAAGAAAAACUGAACCAAUACAAAAAGUUGAGCCAAAAGAUAUGGCUGUCUCAUUAGUUUUCCUAAAUCCAUUUAUUCAAUUAAAGAAAAUAUCUAAUCAUCCAUACCUUGUUCAUAUGCCUUUAAUUCCGGGCGAAAAAAAAAUACUUGUUGAUGAAAAUAUUGUUAAUGCUAGUGGAAAAUUUCUAAUAUUGGAUGCGAUGUUAUCAAAAUUAAAAUUGCUCGGACAUAAGGUGUUGCUGUUUUCUACAAUGACACAGUUAUUAGAUCUAAUUGAAGAGUUUUUGAUCUUUCGUUCCUAUCAAUACACUAGAUUAGAUGGUACAAUGGACAUUGCUGAUAGAGUGGUAGCAAUUACUACAUUCACCAAUGAUCCCGAUUGUUUUUUGAUGUUAAUAUCAACGCGUGCUGGUGGACUCGGUUUGAAUUUGACUGCAGCAGAUACUGUUAUCAUAUUUGACAGUGACUGGAAUCCACAAUGUGAUUUACAAGCCCAAGAUCGGUGUCAUAGAAUUGGCCAAGUAAAACCAGUUGCUGUUUACCGUUUAUGUACUAAAAGCACAGUUGAUGAAAAGAUAUUAGCACACGCUGCUGCUAAGAGAAAACUUGAAAAAAUUGUCAUUGGGAACGGUACAUUUAAUAGAAGCACAAAAAUCAACUUAUCCAAUAUAAAGGAACUGAUGAGUUUGUUAGAAUCGUCUGAUUAUGAUCAACAAAUACAGUCUAAUGGAUUUAUAUUGUCGGAUGAAGAAUUGGACUCACUUUUAGACCGAUCCGAUAUGGUUAAUUCAAAACCAAAGGCAAAUCGUACUCAGUCCGCCAAACAUUUCGAAGUAUUGACCUAA